UCCACAACAAGGAUCAUUUCCAUUCACACCUCCCCUUUUUGCUAUAUAUACACUUCUCUCCAACUUUAUCAUAUAACUUUUUUUCUCUCUUAACAUUACAUUUAUAAUUUCUAAGCCAUGUACGAGAAACAACAAUUGAAUGGAGCCUACUACGGCCCUUCAAUCCCACCACCAAGAUCCUCCCACCGUCCAUCUCGCGGCGGCGGUUUCGGCUGCUGCUGCGGCUGUCUCUUCAACCUAAUCUUCAAACUAAUCCUCACCGUCAUAAUAAUCCUUGGCAUCGCAGUCUUCCUAUUCUGGCUCAUAGUCCGUCCCAACGUAAUCAAAGUCCACGUCACCGACGCAACUCUCACACAAUUCAACUUCACAAAAAACAACACCCUCAACUAUAAUCUCUCUCUCAACAUCACAAUUCGUAACCCAAACAAAAAACUCGGCAUCUACUACGAUUACAUCGAAGCACGAACAUUGUACCAUGAUGUUAGAGUUGACUCUAAUUUUAUUGACCCUUUUUAUCAAGGACAUAAAACUACCAACGUGUUGAACACUUUGUUUAAGGGUGAGAAGGUGGUUUUGCUUGGCGGCGAUCAAAGUUCAGAUUUUAAUAAAGAGAAGAGUUUGGGGAUUUAUGAGAUUGAUGUGAAGUUGUAUCUUAGGGUGAGGUUUAAGUUGGGUGCUAUUAAGACUAGGAAGAUUAAGCCAAAGGUUACGUGUGAGUUGCGUCUUCCUUUGACUUCAGGCGACGGUGGUUCCACGGUCAACGGUGCCUUUAAGCCCACCAAGUGCGACUGGGAUCGCUGAUCGACAUAGUCGUAUUAUCCUAUUUUUUUGUUCAUUGCUUAUUGAUUAUAUCUUUCGACAUAGUAUUAGUCAUACUUCUCCAAGGUUAUUUUGGGGAUUUUAUUAUAGAGUAUAUGUCUUUUCGUAUUUCAUAUUUUUAUUUUUAUGUGUAUUACUACUAGGGUAUUUUUGGCUUUUUUAUAUAUCAUAUACUAUUGUUUUGGUAAA